CUCUUGUGUUGAGCAGCCAUUACCUCUGUACAUGAAUUCUUCACUACCAUGGAAGGAAUCCAACUGCUCUUUUACCUUCUGCUCUUGGUGUCAACAAUAGUUGCCGAAGAAAAUUGUCCGAUUUCCAACGACGAACUCUCAAAGAUUGGCGAAAUUCUGACUCAUAUAGAUAAACCCAUUUACAAGGAAGAACAAGACGUUCAUAGCAAUAGUGAUGAAUGUGCCCACCUGCUCAAUAGCAUUCACAUACAGCUGAGGCGGUUGACUCAAAAAUACAAGCUAAUGAAUAAGGGUUACGUGAAGGUCGAAGAGUUUCAAAAGAUGGCCCAGGAAUACGAUAGGCAACUGUUGGAGUUGAACAAAGAACUGGAUCAGUUUAAAAAACAGGCCCAGGGUAGUGCAGAAAAUCGAGUGAACGAGCUUAAAAAAAAUAUCAAAACUUUGGAACAAAACGUGAACAAGCUGAACAAGGAUAUCAAAGGAGUGACGGCAGAGUACGAAAAAGUGCAGAAGACUUUAUGCAUAACGUAUCUUGAAUCGAACCAAAUCAGCAAGGCCAAGGACAAGGUAAAAAAAGUGAAUUCCAAGUAUUUGAUUGAAAUCAUCCAACAAUUUUUGAGCAUCAGAAACGGCAGUGUGCUGCCAGUAAUUGAUUUCUCUUCGGCAAUUCCGGAUCUGGAUGACCGUGGCGAAGCAUACAAAACGAUCUACAGUUUUAUUGAAUCUAAAAAUAGAUUAGGAGCAGACGAUUCGCUCUUACUGGAAGCAGAAAUUCAGAAAAUGAAUGCAACAUUAGAACCGGGAUCGAAAAUCACCGAUGAUAGGAAAAACGAAAUUCAAUCAGUGUUGCAGAACUUGUCAAUUUAUUCUGAGAAAACAUUCAUCAAAUGGACUGGGGAUUUAAACCAAUCGAUAAACUUGGCAGUUAUCAAGAACGCAGUGGACCGUUUAUUUCUCACGCAAAUGAAAAAUCUUGGCGAAAAGAUUGGAUUUAGAAAGGAUUUCAACAGUGUAAGGAAUCUUCUCAAACUGCUGGCGUUGUCGAACAAUCGUUACAAGAUCGCAGCCUACAGGACGUUGAUUGAUAAGAAAGUUGGGCAUGCUUUCGGUAUGAUCUGGUUUGAUAUGAUAUCGAUGGACUACGCCGAAUUGAAGGCGGAUCCUCAUGUUUCGGGACUGUUCAAUGAAACGUACGACCUACUUCCAGACAGCCUGAAGAAGCUUAGUUCGUGUAAGGACAAUGUUAACAUCUAUCACAGCCAGGAACAAAAACCUGAUCAAUGCAUUGUGACAACUCAGAACACGGUUGAGGUAAAACAUCCAAAGCUUAAAACCACUUUGGGACGCUUAAAUCAAGUGAUUGCUCGGUCCACUGGGUGUACACGCUUUCGACUGGAGUUUACCAACGAUAAAGCAUCGGUGAGAAUUGUCAGUGCGGAAGGAAAUGCUCUCACCAACAUUAACACGGCUGUACCAGGAAACGUUUGGUUUAGCCAAGUAGGAGCUCCGUAUAUCAAUAUGAAUGGAGCGAAGCUUGCUAGCAGCCAGGACUGGAUUUUGGAGGCGAACCAUAACAACGACACGAUCAAAAUCGAAUCGGAGUUCAAUGCCUAUCAGAUGGGAAAAUCGAUUGAUCAUUUGCUGCUCAACAGCACCGGACAAGUCCCUUUCGUCGUGAUUGGAAGGUAUGGAUUUUUGGGACUGAAGAUGAAUGGCGUUCAACAGCUUGUUGAGUGGAAAUUCGAUUGUGCUGCACAAUAGAGCGUGGAAUAAAAAUUGCAAGUAGUUUGG